AUGUCCACACAACUACUACUAACCUUCCUUUCCCUAGUCAUCUUCCUAUGCCACUGGCUCCACAGAAACAAGCACUCGCCCGUCUACCAAUGGCCAUUCCUGGGGAUGCUCCCUGGCCACCUCUUGAGCUUAUCCAACUACACACUCCACGACUUCUACAUCAGAGCCUUGAGGCAAACCGGGGGAACGUUCCUUCUCAAGGGACCCAGUUUCGUCAAAGCCGACUUCAUGGUCAUGAGUGAUCCCGUCAACAUCAACCACAUCUUCAACAAGAACGCGGCCAACUACGAGAAGGGCCGGGAUUUCAAGGCCAUAAUGGAGCCUCUAGGCGACGGGAUCUUCAAUGUCGAUGGCGACUCGUGGAAGUUCCAGAGGAGGCUCCUUCAUUCUUUGCUAAAAAAACUCUGA